UGUCUUCAAAGCUGCGAAAGGACUCCGAAAUCGCUCGCUCUCAACGGCGGCUUUCCUUCUCUUUGCCAUGGUUUCUUCCUCGAGAGCCGCCGAUUCCUCUUCCGGCCGAUCAAAGAGGUCGGAUGGAGAGCAGGGGAAGCAGGGGAUUUCAAGCCUUUCAUCGAAGCUGUCUCAGCUAAAGAAGCAAAUCCAGGAGGCCAGAUUGGUCUCCAUCGGAGCGAAGCUCAGGGAGAAUAUGGAGAAUCUAAAGGGCCACACGUUGGGGCUCUUUGAUUCGGCCGCAGCGGCGGAAGCGGCAACGAGGAGCUCAUCAGCACGGCCUGUUCCGGAGAACAUGCUGUCGGUGAGAAUGGGAAGCCCUCUUUGUAGGUUAAUUGGAUCGGACGUGUCGAAUGGGGUGGUGGAGAGGGAGUAUCUCCACGUCCAGGAAGAGAAUUUGCCAUCGGGGACAGUACUGUUCGGAAGCAAUGGCAACAGUAAGGCCGCUGUUCGCCUUGUCAAGCUUCCCUUCGUUAACAAGAUUCCGCCAUACACUGCGUGGAUAUUCUUGGACAAAAACCAGAGAAUGGCUGACGAUCAAUCAGUUGUUGGGAGGAGAAGGAUUUACUAUGAUCCAUAUGGCAGCGAAGCAUUAAUAUGUAGUGAGAGUGAUGAAGAGAUUGCAGAUUCAGAGGAGGAGAAGCAUGAAUUCUCUGAAGGGGAAGAUCAGAUCUUGUGGAAGGCUAUUCAAGAGCAUGGGCUCCAUCAGGAUGUUCUGAAUAUUCUUGUUCUGUUCAUUGAUGCAACCCAUUCUGAAAUUAAGGAAAGAUAUGAAACACUCAUGGAGAAACAUGAAAAGCAUGGAAAAAAUUCUGAAGUUUCUGAUAAAACAGAGCCUGAGGAGAGGCUGUUCCUCAAUAAGACUCUUAAUGCUGCUCUAGAUUCUUUUGACAAUCUCUUCUGCCGCCGCUGUUUGAUUUUUGAUUGCCGCCUUCAUGGCUGUUCUCAGAAUUUAAUCAUCCCCAGUGAAAAGCUGUCCAAUGGGUUUGAACUUGAAGAAAAUAGAAAACCAUGUGGCGAUCAGUGCUACCUUAAGAGAAGAGAUGUUCGAGAUCCAUGCAACGAAGACUCUCAUAUGGGCGCUGUUCAGGAAGUGGAGUCUAAAACUUUGACAGAGAAAGUUGGUGCUUCACUGCCUUCGGAAUCUGAAGAUUCCAAUCCUGAUGAUGACAAUGCAAAUGCAACUGUUGCUGAGCAAGUAUGCGAUGAUGUAGACAGACCUGUCCCUGUUUCUUCAGAAGCUGGGACAAGCGGAAUGCCGAAUCUUGGAGCCACUAAUGACUUAGAUAUAACCACUUCAGAAGUCUCCAUGAAAAAUCUAGGCAAACGCAAGGUCUGGAAGCAUGAUAACAUGUCACAAGAAGAAACUGAGAGUGCUGCUGAAAAAUGUCUGGCUUCUGCUGAUAAAAAACAGAAAAAACUAACUUCAGAUGUUUCUCAGGCUAAUGACCAUCUGCUGGAUUCACAUCCCAUUUCCAUAGCUGAUACUCAAUGUCCAGAUUCUGAAGCAUCCACUGCUGAUCAACUUCAGAAGAAAGCUACAGAAGAAUCCACUGAAAAUUCUUCUAGGACAGAUACUUGUGUCGGUAAUGGCAGCAAUACCUUGGAAGAUGUAACAAAUAAUACCACUAAAGUUUCUUUAUUGAAGAGUGCAAUUAGUUCUAGCAAAGAACAGACUGCCCAUGGUUGGAAUACUAUAGAGAAGGAUCUUUACUUAAAAGGAAUAGAGAUAUUUGGGAAAAACAGUUGUCUUAUAGCAAGAAACCUACUUUGCGGCAUGAAAACAUGCUUGGAGGUAUCAAAUUAUAUGUUCCAUGAUGGAGCUGCAAUACCAAGCCGGCCCGUGUUGACAGAUUCAUUUUUGGAAGACAGUGGAAAGGCUGAUCAGGAUUAUAUGGAGCAAGAUGUGCCCACAAGAACACGAAUAUGGCGUAAAAGAGGCAGAGCAAGGAAGUUAAAAUAUACCUGGAAAAGUGCUGGCCAUCCAUCUAUUCGCAAAAGAAUAGGAGAUGGGCAACUGGCUUGUAAGCAAUUUACACCCUGCGGUUGCCAGCAGAUGUGUGGAAAACAGUGCCCUUGUAUGGAUAAUGGAACUUGCUGUGAAAAGUAUUGUGGGUGUUCAAAGAGCUGCAAGAACCGCUUUAGAGGAUGCCACUGUGCCAAGAGUCAGUGCAGAAGUCGGCAGUGUCCAUGCUUUGCAGCAGGGCGUGAAUGUGAUCCAGAUGUAUGCAGGAAUUGUUGGGUUAGUUGUGGAGAUGGCUCGCUUGGUGAACCACCAGCCCGGGGUGAUGGAUAUCAGUGUGGCAACAUGAAACUCCUCCUAAAGCAACAGCAGAGAAUAUUGUUGGGAAGGUCUGAUGUUGCUGGAUGGGGAGCCUUUAUAAAGAACCCUGUGAACAAAAAUGAUUACCUUGGAGAAUACACUGGCGAAUUGAUAUCCCAUAAAGAGGCAGAUAAGCGUGGAAAGAUCUAUGAUCGUGCCAAUUCAUCCUUCCUUUUUGACUUGAAUGAUCAGUAUGUACUGGAUGCAUAUCGCAAGGGAGACAAGUUGAAAUUUGCAAAUCAUUCAUCAAACCCGAACUGUUAUGCUAAGAUAAUGCUGGUAGCUGGGGAUCAUCGUGUCGGAAUUUUUGCCAAAGAACACGUUGAAGCUGGUGAAGAGCUCUUUUACGAUUAUCGUUAUGGACCUGAUCAAGCACCAGCAUGGGCACGAAAACUGGAUGGAUCAAAAAGAGAUGAUUCAUUGGUUUCUCAUAGUCGGGCACACAAAGUUGCUUGAUAGUUCUGGUUUGAGAAUAUCUAAAAUAUUGUAAAUAAUAGGUGAUAUACAUUGUAAAGAGCGUCAUUUUAUCAGCACAAUAAAGUCAUAGAAUAUUUUUGUUUCUACCGACAGAAACCACUGUGUAUUAAACCUUCUUUAUAGCAUUCUUGAGAUUAAAAUUAAUUUCGAAUAUGUAUUGCUGAAA